AUGGCCAGCAAUCACCAGGGGCUUAGGCAUCCACUUCCCCUGUUGGCUCCCAGGCUUUCGUACGCCGCAGGCGACCCUGUUCAGAUCAUGGAGUCUGCGGCGGCCGAGAUGAAGCCCUGUGGAGAGGUGCCUCAGCAACAUGUGCAGGUCCCGACGACUCCAACCAACACAGCUCCUCCUCAGAUGAGCCCUCACUUUCCUCAAGGAAGCAACUCUCCUCAGAUAGGUUCUCACCUUCCUCAGGGAAGCCUAGGGGAUGCACAUCGGUUGUCUCACUUCGACCCUCGCGUCACUACACCCCUGCCUUCAACCUUGAUUCAUGAGCCGAAGAAUGUUUACAUCCCCUUCUUCGACCAUCAGAGCUACGUGACUCGAUUGGAGUUAUAUAAUGUACUCUGCGAAAUCGAGUUCAAAUUGAACUGCACUGAACAGAAAAUGGCUGCACUGGAGUCUAGACUUAGCGCUCAGAAGAUUGAAAAGCAAUCGAUGGAGAGCAAAGUCGUGUAUCAGUUCGAUCCCCCGACUCCUACCGCUAUGAGCCCUUGA